AUGUCGCCUUCCAACCCCAUUAUUCCUGGCUUUUCGCCCGACCCCUCAAUCGUCAAGGUUGACAAGUGGUAUUUCCUUGUCAAUUCCACAUUCCAUAUGUUUCCUGGCAUUCCGGUAUACGCUUCAAAGGACCUUUUGUCUUGGAAGCAGAUCGGCAAUGUUAUCUCUAGGCCAGGACAAAUUAGUUUGGCUAAAUCGCCGACAGAAGUAAAUCCCCUUCCAGGCAUUGGGGAAGUUAUGCUUGCCACUGGUGGACUCUUUGCCCCAACGAUCCGAUAUCGUGACGGGACUUUUUAUGUCGUCUGCACCAACGUCGUGCGCACUCUUGGAGAAACAGAUGUAUUGGAAAACUUUAUUUCCUCAACCAAGGACAUCUGGUCGGGCCAAUGGAGCGACCUCGUCAGAUUCGAAUUUGAUGGCAUUGAUCCUAGUAUUCUAUUCGAUGAUGAUGGUAAAACCUACAUCCAGGGAUCCAAGUCUCCAGGUCCUAUGACCAAGAUCGCCCAGAUCGAAGUUGAUCUCGAAACAGGCCGUGCGGUCUCGGAAGAGAAGAUUCUAUGGGAGGGCACAGGUGGCGUUUACCCCGAAGGACCACACAUCUACAAACGCAACGGAUGGUACUGCUUGAUGAUUUCUGAAGGCGGAACGCACGAAGACCACAUGAUCACCAUGGCUAGAUCUCGGAACGCUUGGGGACCUUAUGAGCCGUGCCCUACCAACCCGAUCUUGGUUCCUGCUAGCAGCGACAUGUACAUCCGCCAUACAGGACACUGCGAUGCCUUUGAGGAUGAGAAUGGCCAGUGGUGGGGAGUUUGCCUUGGUGUUCGACGGGAUAAGGAAGGACGAUACAACAUGGGCCGAGAGUCUCAUCUGACAACUGCAAAGUGGACGGAUGAUGACUGGCUUCGUCUUGACUCAGUUGAAGCACAGGUUGAUACUUCAAAGCUUGCAAAGGCCGAUGCAACCCAGACCCUCACGGCUGUAGAAGGUGUCGACCACCUCUACAUCCGGGACGUGGACUUGAACAACUACAAUAUUAGCGGGUCCAAUGUCAUCUUGACUGCUUCUGCCAUUGACCUCUCUGACACUCACCAGUCACCUACCUUUGUAGGUAAACGCCAAAGAGUGCUCCAAGGCCAAAGUAUGGCUACGUUAAAAAUCGACCCAUCGAGUAUGAUCAAAGCAGGUAUUGCAUCGUAUAAGGAUGAACACCGCUACGUCCGAAUCUUUUACUCCCCUCCAGACAAUACGAUAAUAUACGAGGCUAUCAAUAACGCCAAGCAGAUCAAAAAGACUUCCACUCACUCUAUUGGCCAAGAUGUAAACAGUGUGCGCUUCCGCAUAGAUUACACAGAGAAUGAGUAUCGCUUGUCUUAUGCGCCCGACGAUAAAGAUUGGCAGUCAGUUGCGACACUGGAUUUGAUCGAUAUGACAGGCCCCGACUUUGUAGGCCCUGUGAUCGGCGUGUUUGCUCUGGGCAAUGGAGGGAACGUCCAAUUAGCCGAUUUUAGUGUGGAAUAG